GUGGUCCUGAAUAUAGUGCACUGUAUUUUUUCCUGUCAAAAUUGUCAUUGACAUUUGACACAAAAGACAAUCAAUUACAUUUACAAAUAAUAACAAGCUUCAUAUAUUUAUUAACGAAAAGUAUUAAAUUUUAUUUUAGGUUUCUAUAUAUAAUUUUCGUUAUGUGUUAAUAUUUCAAUAAGCAUAUAACAUGUUUGCCACAAUUAGAACAAAACUAAAAUGGAAUUCCACCAAGAGUACUGAGUGUAAUAAACACGAAAAUUCUCUGUUAUUUGUGGCCUUUAUUGGCUUAUUCGAAGAUGUAUUAUUUUGGAAUAAAAUGUGGCUGUCCCUUAUAUUUGUGGUGUUUUUGAAUUUAUUUUUUUUCUUAUGCGUCCAUCAAGAAAUAAAUUUUUUGCAAUUCGUUUUAAAAGUUAAUAUUGUAUUAUUGUUUAUUGAUGCUCUUGAAACAUGGUUAAAAUAUAAACAUAGAACAACAUGUUUGAAGAAGUUAGCUAGCCGUGAUAUUGCAAAGUUCAAUUUAGCUACAGUGCAGUUAAGUAAUUGGAUGAAUAAAAGAUGGCUUGAUUAUGUAUUCUUGCGCGAACGAAACCAUACUAAGGCAUUUUUGCUGCUGCAGAUUAUUUUUGGAGUUGCAUUUUUUGUGUGUAAAAAUGUCAGUGGAUAUACAAUAAUGUAUAUUUUGACAAUGUUUAUAUGCUUCUCCAAAAAGUUACUACCACCUCUUGUGAGGCUAGUGAGGAAAAUACAAUUAAAUGCUGAAUCAGAUCUAGAAUUAGAAGGACUAAUACCAGAAGAGUCUGAUGCUAAUAUGGAUUUAUUGUCAAUAGAGCAAGAUCAAAAUCAAAUAAUUGAUGAAAAACAAAGUUUAGAUUACUGGAAGCCUGAAGAUUUGGCAAUUGAAGAAUCUAGUGAUAGUUCUGAAACGAGUAGUUCCAUUGUUACUAAUUUAUCAAUGGAAAAAAUGCAAAAAUUUGAUAAAGAAAUUGAGACUUCAGAUUCUAGUGAAGAUGAAUAUAUGCCACAGAUUAAGCAACCAUUGAAGGAGGAAUAUAGAUCUACUGCAGUUGUGGAACCAGCAAACACAUGGAGUAAUGCUGCUUACAAUGUAUUUCAAAAUAUAGGUGGGGCAGUUGUUAAUAUGAUUUAUACAUCACAGGAUGAGAGAAGAAGAACAAGAGUUUCCAGUAUUGAUUCAUCUGAUGGUUUUGAAAUGAUAGAUAAAAAUGAUGUACUUUAAAAUUAAUGAAUACACAUUUCAUUGAUUUCAAUUUAUUUUUAUUUUUAAAAUAUUCAUACCUAAACAUUACAAGACAUAUUAUCCAAC